AGGAUGGGAAGCCUGAUCUGCUGCUGGUCAAAGAGGAGYCAAUAGAAGAUGGACCAGAGAGCAUUGAUCUGCUGAGUGGAUUAAAGAUGAGGGAGCAAGGUGGUUGGCUGGAGGCUAACAGAGGAGACUGGGCAGCCAUCUUGGAUUCCCAGACUCAGAUGGGUGCAGCCAAGGACUCAGGGGACAACAUCACCGAGCAGGCCAGGACCAGAGGCAACAUAGUGGAGUCUGAGGACCUGCUGAUAUCUGGUGUUGCUGGUGGGAGAYACUGGACCUCUGAAGCAGCUGGUCGCAAACCCUGGCCCCAGAUCAGAACCCUGGAUCAGGAGCCGUCGCUCUUCCUUCCCAAGUCGGAACCAGGACCCAACCAAGAGGGACAGAGACUCCACACAGAACACAACCAGUGGACAAGUGGACUGAACAACCUCAGUCCUGGUGGACAUCAGAGAGACAGAUGCUCCAGUCAGGGAUCUAGUCUGCAGCCCAGACCCUUCUCUUUACAGUCUCAGUGCAGGGAUGGAGCAGGUCCUGGGGCUGAUAGAGAUAGACCCUCGUGUUCCUUUGAUACAAACACCACAGUAUCCAUGAUGAACAGAGCAGGUCACCCUGGGAUUCAGCCUUCACAGAGAAUGGUGGAAGACCCCCCUGGUGGUAGUCUUUCAGGAAGUCUGUCUUCUCCUUCAGGAUCUAGUCUAAUGCUUGGUGACUGGGUUCAUAGAAGGCCUGGACCUGGGUCUAGCCUUCCUCAACUACCUCAUGGUUACCCCACCAAUACAGACAGGGUCAGGAUGGGUGUUCACCACAAGAGGUACCUAGCCUUUAACACAUCACACAAUCCUAACAACACCCAAACAAUGACUAGAGGUCAAGGAGGGAGCUCAAAGACUAACCACCUGAGGGUGGUGGCUCCUGCUUCUACUUCCUCUGGUGUCAUUGGGUCACAACGUGGGAAGCCAGGCAUUAGGACGGACGCUGACAAGCCGUACGCCUGCCCCACGUGUGGGAAGCGCUUCACCGAGGCGACUUAUGUGAAGAGGCACCAGACCGUUCACACCAAGGAGAGGCCCUUCAAGUGCAAACUAUGUUACAAGAGCUUCUCAUUCCUGAGUAACCUUAUCAGACAUAGGAGUGUUCACAAUGGGGAGAAAUCGUAGCAGUGUGGUUUUAGAUGUACACAGGGGAUAUCAGGGAACCAUUCUUUAGCUGACAUAUUAUAGUUAUGAUGUGAAGUGUCUUGGGGUAAGAGGUUUUUUUGGAUUACUAAGUCCCUCAGUUGAGCAUCUAGGUAUGCAGUCUUUCUCACAUGAAACAGACUUCUUUUUUGGUGUGCUGGCAUACUUAUUGUCAUUGAAGUGUUUGUCUCUGAAUUUGUCUGUUCUAUURAUAACAAAUAUACUGUCCCUCUUUUGUAUAACACCACCUUCCCCCCAAAAAACAUUAUUUGACAUAAUCAGGUGGUACCUAUUCCUUUAUGUACUAUAAAUAGGUGAUCAAAUCUGUUAAUACAUGAUAAUUCAUGUUCUUUUGA